AUGUCGGGAGUUACAAUCCUCCCCGAUACCCAUAGCCACUUCAACAGGAAAAACUACGCCUCAUGGAAACUUCAGCUUACUGAACUAUUGAAGGGGAAAGGAUUGUGGGGGUACAUAGAAGGUACUAUACCCUGCCCUGCCGCCUCUGCGACUUCUGCGAGUGAACCAACAACUACUCCACUACCACCAGACCCCACACCAAUCUACUCUUUGAGCCCUUCCCAUGACGAAUGGACGUUCCGUGAUCAGCUAGCUCAUUCCCACAUCGUUCUCAAUGUUCUUGACCCUAUCGGACUAGGGGUAAGGACCGACGGGACAGCGAAGGAAUGUUGGGAUUCUAUCAUCGCUGAA